UUAGGCAGUACACCGGGAGACAAUCCCCUACUCUUUUCGAAGUGCGUACUGCGUUCUUUAACGUGCACAUAUGGCCAUAAAUGCACGCAGGACCAAUGGCUAAACGUCUCAUCCGAAAGACGGUGCGCUAAUGUAACUUGUAUUUCAGCCCUCCAGCUGAAACAUAAGGAGAGGAAGUGAUGGGAAUUGAACCGGGAACCUAAAGGUCUACACAGUUGAGCGCACACACAGUGGCUACCACCAGAUUAGCUGACUGAACUAAGCUGCUUAACAAGCAACUUAGUAGCAUUGUGUACUACAAAUUUUGAUUAUAUCUUUGUUUUAUUCAGGUAUAAAAACGUAAAAACAGUCAGCAGCACAUGGCUGAAAUGACUGAAUUUACAAUGAUCAAUAAAUUAAAACAUUAACACUUAAAAAACCAAAGCAUUUUCACCCAAAAAAGAACAAAAUUCAAACAAUAUCUAAUAAUAUUACAAUUCACUUUAAACUAAGCAUUUAAUUUAAAAAAGAGAGAAUUAUGUAUUAUUGAAUAUAAAAAAUUAAUUAGAUAGAAAAUAUAUAGAAAUUAUGAGAAGUCCUAUAAAGACAAUCGACUGUGUUGAUCUUUAAAAAAGGAAUGAAGAAGAUGCACAGUUGGGUGAUCGCUUGUUGUAUAGUACUUGGCGCCAGGAGCCAACUAUUCUAUUUGUUUUUUUCAAGGUGUUCUCUUUUGAUAGAGAAUAGACAAUUAAUUGGUUUAUCCUGGUAAGUAUUCACAAAGUGGACAUCAGAAUGAAAACAAAAGGAAAAAGAAAGAGAGUAGUGGUGUUCACACACCAUUUCACAUACAACAGUGUAGGACUUAAGAUUAUCUCUAAAUAAUUCAAAUACUAUCUUUAGAUAUCACACUUGGCCAACUAUCUGAAAUUCUGAAGGCCCAUUUGCUGCCUUCUUGAUGGAGAGGUUUUCUUGUCGACUUGUUACUAUUUUUAGCACUGUAACAAUGAUGUCCGGAUCUCUUUUAAUUUAUUUUUCAUCAAAUUUCAACCAACUAAUCAUAGCAUGUGUACUUAUUGGAUAUGCAGCAUGUUUGGCCAAUUUUUCAAGUUAUUAUAUUUUAGAUAUGUACUUUCAGCGCCAUUUUACUUUGGUAUUUUCAAUACGUACGCUGAUAAGAGGAAUCGGCUCUACACUAGCAACUCCUAUAAAUCAGUUCAUCGUUAUGAGAUAUGGAUGGAAAUCAUCUUAUCUGAUUCUCACCGCAGUUUUCUACCAAAUGACAGUCUGUGCCACUGUUUUCAGAACUCCUAAAAAAGCGCAGAAGCAUGAGCAAAAUGACAAAGAAAUGCAAUUCAUUGAACUGAACCCUCCAAAGAAAAAAAAAACCUGGCUAAAGGAAAGACUGGACUACUUACACCAACUUGGCCAUUUUUCAUUGUUCAAUAAAAGCACAUUCCUCCUUCUUCUGUUUGCAUUAUUUCUACAGGGAACAGUUAAUGAAGGCAUUCUCCUAAUUAUGACAGAUGACCUAAAAGAUCGCGGUGCCACUCUACAUGCAAGCCAAUUUAUAGGGACAUUCUACGGACUUGGCAAUUUGAUCGGAGCACCCUUCCAUUACGUUUGCAGUAACUUCAUAUCGAAAAAUUUUCUUGUUCAUUAUGCCCUGUGUCUCUUCACUGCAUCACUGUCUUUCUUUGUCUGCAUUGCAUUUAAGAAUGCUGAGUUUGUUCUCUACAUUACGAUCUUCGUGUAUGGUUUUUCAAAUGGAUGGGAGACUACAUUAAAACCGUUAAUCAUAAAAUAUCAUAUUGAUUACGAUGACUUUGCCUUUGGUCUUGCUUGGGUAAAUUUUUCCUAUGGUAUUAGUGCUUUUGUAGGAAGUCAUAUUAUUGGUAAGUCAUUUAAAAAUUAUUUCUUUUUUUGUUUCUAUAUUAAGAUAUAAUUUGUAUAAUGGAUAAACCAAGUAUAUUUCAGGGUACUACAGUAUUUUCUGUAAAGUGUUUAAAUCAAAGACAGUGGCAAAGAAUACAUCUUCUACCAAAACAAAAUUAUUUUUUUCUCUUUAAAAUUUUUCCGGGAGUAAAUACAUUCUAAACAUCUCAGGACAUAAAAUGGCAUGAAGAUUGGCAUUUUCUUAAGGCAGCAGCAGGAUUAGCAACUGGAUUUCUAUCAAGGCUUACUUCAGGACCCUACAGAAAUCCCCUGUUGGACCACUUAGUACAAAGUAGGACAAAUCCUAGUAUCACUGAUUUUGGAGGCUAUAUCAGGUUCUGUAGGAGCAGACAUUUUGAUAGUUAAAAUAGCAAUUAUAUAAAUUAUCUAUCUUGGCCACAAAAAGCAAGCGUCUAUCCAUAUUUUUUUUUUUUUAUCAUUUUUCUAUUGUACAGGUUUCUUCUAUCACUGCAAUCCACUUUUUGGACUACAGCUUUGGAAUUUUUUAAAACUCUUAAAAGUAAUUAACUUAAAUGCACUUAAAAGUCAUUAGUCACAAAAAGUCAAACGAUAUAAUAAUAUUCAAUUCUACAAAUUAUCUCCAGUUGCAAAUCAAGGAAUUUGGAAUAAAGGUGACCCAUGGAGGCACUUUAAUAAAUUUAUGAUUUUGACACCUCAAGGUGGCCGGGAAUAUCAUUCUCAGACUUCAAUUUGAUUAUCUUUUUUAUCCAUUUUUAAAAAUAAUUUUAAAAAGCUGGUCAGCCCGGGAAGGCUGGGCCUACUACAUAUGAAUCUGUCACUGAUCACUACAUCAAAUUAUUACCAAUGAAUAGAAAAUUAAAUUUUUAGGAUUUGGAAUACUGUACUCUUAUUCUUCUAUUAGGCAUGAGCUAGCAUUAUCUGGAAUGCUUUCCAACUUGAAAUAAUAGAAUACCGGUUAUCACUCUUGAAAUUGACAAAGCCAUUUUAUUCGAUUUUACUUUCUUCUUUUGGCCUUUUGGCUUUAAGUAUGCCACUGGCCUUGCCACGGUCCAUUCUCUUCCAAUUCAGCCUCUCUCAAUUGUUAUUGAAUGAAUUAAACUUGAAAAGAAAUACAUAAAAAUUAAAAACAAAUUUUAGUUCAGAAUACCGAACAUCCCAGAGAGCAUACAUUUCCCUCAUCAAUAACAAGUUACUCUUCCUCACGAGAACAAAAGAAAGAAAAAAAAAAAGAAAAAAAAAAAGCAAAACUAAACCCCUUAUUAGUAGAAACAAUAUUCUAAGUACAGUUAUUCCCUCCCCAAACUAUGCUUUUUCCCCUUCCCCUUAAAAACCUAAGCAACAUAUACAUAAAAAAUAGUAAUGCAGGAAAGAAAAACAACUAAAUGAAAUUGAAAACAGAGGUGAACGGAAUAGCAGUACUAUAAAGCAAAGUUAGAGCAUGGAAUUCAAAAUCUCGUUGCGGAAUUUCCAUGCUCUUUUGGUAUAUCUUUUGCAAAACUUGUCGAAGAUAUUUUCAUACUUUCUGCUAAGGAGCAACAAUGAACAACCCAAAAUAUGAUGUAGUUUUAGGUCAUCGUUUGCAUUAAUAAAGUCUUUUACUUUUUUAGUUAGGCACACAGCACAUGCACCAAUGACUGUCAAUAGCAAAUAUAUCACUGUAGGUGACAAUCCCUUUUCACAAGAGAAACACACACACGCAAUGCUUUACACAAACUAAAUCUCAAUAUGAGGAAAUGGAGUUGUUUUGAUAGUGAGAAAAAAUCCUGCAACACUGAAAUUGAACCAGGACCCUCCAGACUGGAAGGCAAGCAUAAUAACCACCAAGCUAUUAAACUCUACAUUGCUGGAGUCUGUUCUGGUACAAUGGUCGUUGUAGCAUGUGGCCUAGUCAAUUUUUAAGUCUUCUUUUAAAUUUCAUUUGAUAGUUUGAAUUUCGUUUGAAUUACUGUAUAUUUUUUGGAUUGGAAGGUGUUCUUGUUGUGGUUUAGAAAAAACAAAUUUAAUUUACAAUAUUAUAUUCAAACCGGAUGAAACUAUUCUUCAUCUUUUUUAAGAAAAUGAGUAUUUCACUAUUGUGUUUCUGGGAAUGUGGCAGCUGGUAUAUCAUGUUAAAAUUCUUGAUAUUAUUUUAUGUUUAGUACCAUAGUACUAUUUAUCAGUCAAUCAAUCUAUAGUGUGCAUACUGUAUCUCCAACCUCUGCCUGAAUACCAAUAAUACAUGCAGGUUGUUUAUGGCUAUUCUAUCUUUAUUAUGCUCAAUUGGUAACUUUUAGAAAUUUCUUUGAACUUCUGUGACCUUAAUUUUAUCUCUUUCUAGAUCAAAAUGUACCACUCCAUUGAAUUUUAUGAUGAUCAAUUUAUUAGUUUUUGCUUAAUCCUGCACACAGACAGUCAACAAAAAAUACUUGUCUGUGUGAACUAGCAGUGGCGUUAUUAACGCCAAGCAAAAUGUCACCUCUGUGGCGUUAUUAACACUACCUGCAGAUCCCAGAUUAGUGAACGCCAUGGAACUAACGCCAGUGAUGCUUUAAUGACUUUGACCUUAUUUCAAGCGAUUGACCAAUCACGAUUAGUUCUACAAUAGAUUUAGAUUAGUUACUGUCUUGUGCUCUCUAUAAUUAAAAUGGUAAAGGGAGUUUUUUUCUAUUACAUGUUUUACUUAUUUUACAGUGUAUAUGAUGUGUUGGUUGUGUUUUGUAAGAUAUUUUAAUCUAUUUAGACUGUCUAUAAAAAACCGCAACACCAACAAUUGUUCCACAAUGUUAGCUAAAAAAUCAGAAGUAAAUUUAUUGUUCAUUUAAAAUACAGUAAUCAUAUAAUUUAUCUUCCAACAAUUCACUAGAAAGAUAUAUCUUACUACCGUAGUUAAACACCCUGUACAUUAUUUAAAACUGAAAACUUUUCCCUUCCCAUAGGCCUAUAUUACUAUAUUAACGCCAGCGCUAAUAUA